AUGAGAUCUGAAAGAGCAGUAAGGUACGAAGGUAAUAUGGAAUCAGAGCAGAUAUCUGACUAUCGCCAGCUGUCUUCAAAGCUGUAUAAAGAGUAUCGGCUGCUGCAUCUUGUGUGGCACAGAAAUAAGAAUCAGCAUCGAAGUGCGCUAUGGUGGAGACGUUUUAGCAUGUUGAAGAGGAAUUGUGCCCAAGUGGUGGAACUUCUGUCAAAGAAAAAGCUCCGAAAGGAUAGUGAUAUCAUCAGGUUGUAUAAGGUACUGGACGACUUGCAUUCAAGACAAGUCUCGAAGACGUAUUGUGAUUUUAAUGGAGUGAUUGCACUGGGCCAAUUUGUGACAUUGGGCGUGAUAUUAGUUGGUCUGCUGAGCAGAAUUUAUGGUAUCUAUGGGGAAUUGAUGAGCAUAUUUGAGGAGAAAUUUCAAAAAUUAGGAUGUCUUGACGGUCCAGGGAUACAAAAGACUAAACAAGAUGAUGUGUUACCGAUUGAUAACGUGUUGGGAUUUAAGUUAGAGGACUUUGGAGAAGAAAUAACCAUCGAAUCCAGUGAAGCGGUUCAGAAAGUUCCAAAGAAACUAUCAGAGGAAAAGCCUGCAGUGAAACCAACCAAGAAGAAAAAGAAGAAGAAAUCAAAAUCGGCAAUUGAUGAUAUAUUUGGUUAA